AUGUAUUACAACNNAGCGACAAACCCGGCUCCCGAACACACACCCACACCGCACAAUCAACCUGCCACCGGCCGCUCACGGCAACAACGCGCCGCCCAGGUCUCUGAGGAAGUCCGCAUGCUGAACCGCGGCAGCACCGCCGCUACCGUGUCUGGCGGCAACAACAGUGUCUACCCCACCACACGCUCCAAGGACGUGGACGCAGAGGCCGUGGGCGGAAGCGGCCCCAUGGGAGCAAACGACUCUACAACCCGCGAGAGCGCCUUCGCACAAAGCCCCGGCCGCCCUGUCCGCGCCGGCCGCGCCGCCAACGAAUCGCGAUCCGAACACACAGCCUCAGUCGCUGUGCAAGACCCCAACGAAGGCGGCGAAGCCGUGGUCAGAGACACCAAGCGCGGACCCAGAGGAAAGCAAGCGGCAGCCAACGACGAAGAAGCACAAGACGAAGACAUGCAAGUCGACGGCAGCGACGAACUCGGUCCCGACCCCAUGGGCGAGUCCACCGCAAACGAACUCACCAUCCUCGAGCAGUUCGACAAGCAAGAAGUCACCGCCGUGCCCUUUGAACCCGAGACCGUGUCCCGCGACGAGUACCUCAAGCUCGGCCAAGGCGGUGCCACAAUCGCCGCCGGCAACUUUGCCGGUGUCAUCGAAGACCGCAUCAAGAUCGUCGCCGAAGCCCAACAGGACGACUUCCGUUACGCCCCCGACAUCGCCAAGCGCAUGAUCAAGGGCAACCUCGUCUCCUUCAAGGACGAGCAGGAAAAAGCAGCCGUGCUCGCAACAGUAAAGAAGGAAGACUUCAACUUUUCCGCCCUCAACGCCAACAGUCAGUCCGUCAUAUUUGACAAGUUCGUCCGCGGCGCAUACCCAGACCCCAAGGCCGCACCGCACAAGAACAAGGUCUUGAACGAGAUCGCCCGCACCAUCUCCCGCAACGGCACAUAUCUCAACAAAGACUCGACCAAGCUGCUCAGAAAGAUCGGUAGCCUGUUGCCUUCAGAGGCCGCUGCACGCAAGCCCGCCGCUGCCCCUAAGAAGUAA